AUGGCGACUAACAAUGCUCAACCUGCAGCAGCAGGAGCUAAUGCAAAACAUGGUUCAAACACUAAUGCUGACAAUAAACGAAUUUUAAAGUGUGCUACUGGUUUGGGUUUCCUCAAGUCACGUCAUGGCAUAUUAGAUAUAGUUAUCUUUAUUGUUGUUAUUGUUAUAUUAGUUUGUGCUGACAUGAAUAGUAGUGCUGAUGUACACGAUGCUGAUAUACUUUAUCCUAUGACGGACAUUGAAAUAAGUGCUACUCAAACAAAAGGUGCAGUGAUUGCGUUUGCAGUUUUUGGUCUUCUUCUUAUACUUGUUGAUUCUGUUCUUUAUAUAAGUAGUUGGAUUUAUCGUUUAUCAGCUAAAUUUGAUCUUACUUUUAAUAUUAUUAUGCUCGUUCUUGCUUUUGUAUAUUUGAUUCUCGGAUGCUGUGCUGCAGCAUGGGAGAAAAAAAUGGAAGAUACAUUAGGAAAGAUAGGUCGCGCAAAACAUAGUGGUGCUGCUGCAGGAACUUCAUUCCUUCUCUUUGUUGCUGUGAUUCUUAUUGCUGUUAAUUUUAUCUUACGUCUAACAAAAAAAGCAAAAGAGGAGGAUAUAGCUGUAUAA